CGCCGGCAUACCGACACACACUUUGCUGUAUCACUGGAUCACUCCGGUGUCAUUGCCGAGCUCGUGCUGAUGAGAGCCGCGCGCUCAUGCUCCCACUGACCGACUGACCGACCGACUGCGCUCCUCCCUCAGACCCACACACCGGGACACCGGGACACCAGGCGGAGGACGGCCGGGGACGGGAUGCCUUUCUCGGAAGGAGAGCCGGCGGCGGUGCCAGCGUGAGAGCCAGAGGAGCGGGGGGUGGACUCCGGAGCUUCGGCGCCGGGAGACGACAACACGGACGCGGCUGAUGGUCUGUGUCUAACCGGCGAAAGAAUCACCUCUUCCACGCACUGAUCCAGUGAGUGUCGAGCGGUGCGAGACAGGAGAAGGACACCGAGCGCACCGGAGACACCGGGGCCAUGAUCCGGAGCUGCGCGGGGGCUUCCUGUGAAGGAUAGAAGCCAGAAAGAAGAAGAAAAAGAAGAAGAAGAAGAAGAAGAAGAAAGAGGUUUAUGAUCUGUUCUGCUCGUGCAGCAUCACUCAGCCUGUUCGGGCAUCGAUCCAUUGGUCGGUGACUGUUUGUUUUACGCACUGGGACCAUGAUCCGGAUUUGCUCCAGAGUUUCAUCCGAAGGUUAGAGACGGAAAGGAGAAUUAAAACCUAAAUAAGAGAGUUGGUCUUCUAUCGCAGAAUCGGACUCGACCCAGUGAUCUGUGACUGUUCUGUGUGGAGGAGGCUGGUGAAGAGACUCGGGAGCGCGUCGGAGAGACGACCGGGACCAUGAUCAGGAUCUUCCCGGAUUUCAGCGUCCAGGUGACGGCCUCGGCGGCCGGAGGACCCGGGGGCGGCGGCGGCGGCGGGAUGGUGACCGGACCCCAGCUGGGUCGGUUGCCGGGCCCCGGAGCCACGAACGGGACCCCGCAGGGCGUCCAGGGACUCACCGGCUACCAGCAAAGUGACCCCUACUGGGAGCGGCCAGCUAAUGCAGGCAGCUGCUCCGCCGCCCGGCCCAAGACCCUUCACCUGGCCGGCCAGCAGCAUACCUCCUCGCCAUGGCUGCAGGCUCUGAGGAAGGAGAAGUCACGUGACGCCGCGCGGUCGCGGCGGGGGAAAGAAAACUUUGAGUUUUACGAACUGGCCAAGAUGCUGCCGCUGCCGGGCGCCAUCACCAGCCAGCUGGACAAGGCCUCCAUCAUCCGGCUCACCAUCAGCUACCUGAAGAUGAGGGACUUCGCCAACCAGGGAGACCCGCCGUGGAACCUGCGCAUGGAGGGGCCGCCGCCCAACACCUCCGUCAAAGCUAUCGGUUCCCAGCGGAGGAGGAAUCCCAGCGUCGUCGCCUCGGACAUCUUCGAACCUCACCUGGGCAGCCACAUUUUACAGUCUCUGGACGGGUUCGUAUUUGCAGUGAACAAGGAGGGACGCUUCCUCUACAUCUCUGAGACCGUCUCCAUCUACCUGGGACUGUCACAGGUGGAGCUGACCGGCAGCAGCUCGUUCGACUACAUCCACCCCGGCGAUCACGUGGAGAUGGCGGAGCAGCUCGGCAUGAAGCUCCCCCCCGGCCGAGGGCUGUCUCUGUCCCAGGGAACCGUCAACGAAGACGGGGCGUCCUCGGCCUCGUCGUCGUCGCACUCCGAGACUCCGGAACCAGUGGAGUCCAGCAGUCCCAGCCUCUUGGCCCCUGAUAACAUUCUGGAACGCUCCUUCUUCAUCCGGAUGAAGUCGACGCUCACGAAGAGAGGAGUUCACAUCAAGUCCUCGGGAUUCAAGGUGAUCCACGUCACCGGGCGUCUGCGCAUCAGGAUGACGCUGACGCACAGCCGCUCAGUGCCCAUUCAGAUCAUCGGGAUGGUGGUGGUGGCUCACGCGCUGCCGCCGCCCACAAUCAACGAGGUUCGCAUCGACUGUCAAAUGUUCGUCACCCGAGUGAACAUGGACCUGAAGAUCAUCUACUGUGAGAACAGAAUCAACGACUACAUGGACCUGACCCCUGUGGACAUCGUGGGGAAAAGGUGCUACCAGUUCAUUCAUGCUGAGGACGUGGAGGGAAUCAGACAGUGUCACCUGGACUUGAUGAAUAAGGGUCAGUGUGUGACAAAGUACUACCGAUGGAUCCAGAAGAACACCGGCUACAUCUGGAUCCAGUCCAGCGCCACCAUCGCGAUCAACGCCAAGAACGCCAACGACAAGAACGUCAUCUGGGUCAAUUACGUCCUCAGUAAUCACGAGUAUAAAGACACGCCCAUUGACAUUGCACAGCUGCCGAACCUGCCCGAGAAAACCUCUGAAUCCUCGGAAACCUCCGACUCUGAGUCCGAGUCCAAAGAAAACUCAGACAAUGAAAACACCAAGUCUGAGGGGAAGCUCGGCCGCCAGUCGGAACGCAGUGAGGACCCAGAGACCGACAGCAAGCGGCAACAGCAACCCGGCCAAUCACAUUGCUCCUCUGAACAGGAAAUGAAACGUCAGGAAGAAGGUGAAAGUUCGAGUAACCCUGAGAGCCAAGACAGCGAUGACAGUCUGGAACCUUCAGAUGGAGAAGGAGAGGAGCAAGAGGAGGCAGGGAGGGGAGGAGGAGGAGGAGGAGGAGGAGGAGGAAGGCUGGCAAGGUUAACAGGACUGGGAGGGUUAGGCGGACUGGGCUCCAUCGGAGGACUUGGUAAUCUGGGUGGACUCCAUAUUAAAGUAGAGCACUACGGAGAGGGGGAAGAACUGCAGCUGCACAACUCGCAAACUUCUUCGUCUGAGGAGGAAGAUGAGGAGGAUGAGGAGGAUGAGGAGGAAGAAGAUGGAAGCAUGCAAAACUGCGACAGCGCCAACGUUGGAAGCAAGCUCCAGAAGCGGCGGAAGAGGAGGAAAGUGCAGAAAUGGGACGGAUCACAAAGUAAGAGAAUCCGUCUGUCCACACCCUUGCCCAGCCCCGUCGCCAUGGGAGAUACCACACCGCUGGCUGACCCCUCCCAGGCCACGUCCACCACCUCCUCCCACCUCCUCAGCUCCUCUGGCUCCCCAAACAGCGCAGGGGUGACGUCCUCGGUCCUGAAAAUCAAGACUGAGAUGGCAGAGCCCAUCAACUUUGACAACGACAGCAGCAUCUGGAACUACCCACCCAACAGAGAGAUUUCCAGAAACGAGUCUCCGUACAGCAUGACUUCAAAACCGGCUCCAGGAUCCCAUGAGACCUUCCCCUCACCCCAGGGAGGCUCUCUCCAGGUGUCCAUCCCUGACUCUGUCCUCACCCCUCCUGGAACUGAAGGAGGAGCUGGAGGAGUGAGGAAGCCUCCUUAUAACGGGAGCUCUGCUCCGUCCUCUGCUUCGAGUGCUGCGAGUUUAGCACCUCCAUCCAGCGCCUCCUCUGCUGACCCGUUGUCACCCCCUCUCUCCGCCUCUCCACGGGACAAGCAACAAGGCACUCCCACCACCUCCUCUUCUUCUUCCUCCUCAUCUUCCUCAUCAACCUCUUCCUCUUCACUGCUGUAUUCGGGUGACCUCGAGGCUCUACAGCGUCUGCAGGCUGGUAAUGUCGUGCUCCCACUGGUCCACCGUGUCACAGGGACACUGGCCCCAACCAGCACGACGGCUCCACGGGUUUACACCACUGGGACUAUCAGGUACGCACCAGCGGACGUCACCCUGGCCAUGGCACAAGGGAACCUCCUUCCCAAUGCUGCUAUGAACUUUGUAGACAGCUCGGGGUUCGGCCUUGACCCUAAGACACCCAUGGAGAUGCUCUACCACCACGUCCACAGGCUCAAUAUGUCGGCAGCAGCAGCCGCCGGCCCGUUUGUCGGAUCGCCGUCGGCAACGGGCGGGAACGGCGCCCUGGGAGGCCAGAUGCCGACGGCAGCCAACGUUUUCACGACGGCAGAGGGACUUUUCUCAACGCUACCGUUUCCAGUGUACAGCAAUGGGAUCCACACCACACAGACAACUCUGGAGAGGAAGGAGGAUUAAUGCAAAACGUUCUAGACCGCAUUACUGUGUUUCCGGAAUCAACAACUGUGUCAAAGUAAAAGACAACUCACUAGUAAAAAAAAAAACUUUGCUUGCUAUCCUUUAUCAGCACAGUGCAGCACUGUGUGUCCGAGAGGGGAGGAAGGACAGGGAAGGAUGACAAACGUACUCUAGCACUUUGAAUCUGAGCAACUGAGCUUGUGUAAUAGAAUGACCCACGAAUAUCACCCCCUUUUUCUAUCUUAUUUCUCUCUCCUCUUCUCCUCCUCUCUCAGUCUCUCUCUUUGCUCCUGUUUCUUCAAUCAGCAACACUUGUCUCCCCAACAAAUGAACAAAACACAGACUAUUCUUUAUUGUAAAGAAUUCCUUUUUUGCCUACAGAGAAUUCAUAUUGCCUGAGGACUCCGCUGGAGCCUGACGGGGAUAAUUUUUAUUAUUUGACUUGAUUCUGUUGCAUCUUUACGAAGGUGCUGAUGUGUGUAUUUAAAGGAGGACGGCACAGGGAUUUGUAAUGGACAGAAAACUCUAAGUGGCGCUCCUCCAUGUAUCUUGAUGUGAUCAAGGCUUGUACAGACCGAGAGGGGGGGGGCUCUCUCUCCAACAAAGGUCUCAGAAAUAAUAAUCUUUUGAAAAAAGGUUUUUGAGGACGUUUCUCGAUUGAGGGAAUAGUUUAGAGUUGCUUUCAUUUCUUCCUUUUUUUUAUAAAAUACUCUAGCUCAGAUUUAACUUACGAAUCAAGCAUUAAGAAGAAAACAAAAAAAGCAAUUUCCACCGGGUAAUGACCUGUGAAAUAUCGAAUGUUACUAAUUCCUCUUUUAUCCCAGGAGUUUACCAACAGGUCUCGCACCAAACAUAACCUCCUCUUCAUCUCUUCCUAUCUCAAUCUGUCGUUGUCGCUCUAAUCUGUCACUACCUGAUCUUUAUUCUUUUGCUCUACAUUUCUACCUUUCGAUGUCCAGACUCACGGUGCUACGGACCAUCCAGUAACCCUGAUUCAGCUGGCUGAUGUGGGUGCUGUUAACGAACCCACGGCUUGUUGACAGACAGAUCCCCGUUUUCUGUUUUUGGAGGGGGAACUAUUUUAAAGUUUCGUUUUGUUUUCCUCUUCUGACCGUCAGGAAAGUCAGAAAUGCAGCAAGAACCUCGAAAUCAGCAACAUGUCCCGCCUUUGUCUAAACACAAGCUCAAUCUGAUUGGGCCAUGGGGGGGCGGCGCCGUUUAGCAACAUGGAGUUGAUUGGUUAAAUUUUAGGCUACAUAGUGGUUCUUUUUAUGUUUUGUGUGUUUUCUAACUGAAUCACUUUGAUCUUCUCAUGAGACUGAAGCUAAAUAUUUAGCGUCACUAACUUGAAAAAUGAAUGUUGAAAUCCUCGACCGGCUCCUGUUUGAUAACUGCUUCGUUUUAUUUUUGUACUAGAUCAAGCAUUUUCUUCGUUUUUCCUCCUCCUCCUCCUCCUCCUCCUCCUCCUCCUCCUCCUCCUCCUCUUCUUCUUCUUCCUAAACCAGAAUCACCUCCACAAGAUUUUCCUAAACAAUCCGCUCUCUUCCAUCUCAUCGCCGGACCCUGUGAUUAAAAACCACAUAUCAACAAGGAGAUUGUAAUAAAGACGUUCAUUUUCAAUCGAUCUAUCAAACAAUCAAUCCAAUAACUACAAAAAAAAUUGAGAUGAAUUUUUUUUGAGGAAUAGAAAAAAAUAACCACAUUCCUUUAAACGACGUUGUCUUUGUCGUUGCGUUUCUUUCUUCCCCAGCCUCCUUUGCCAAAAAAAAAGAAAUCUCAUGUUAAGUGUUUUGAAAGCACUGUGAUUCUCAUUCAUUUGUAACUUUCUUUUUCCUUUACUUUUUUUGGUAAAAAGAGGAAAAAAAAAUAUGAGAAUAAGUAAUAAUUAAAACGGUAUAAAAACUGUCACGACAUCCAUGUUUUUGAAGUUGGCAGCCCCGUCUUUACCAUCCCGUCAUCCUUAUUACCCAGUGUGAUUACGCCGUACAAACGUGUUACCGAUGUGUUUAGUGUCACUGGCUGUCAAAAGGUCGUCCACGGCGACCUCUCUCUCUGUGUGUGUUGACUAUAUGCAGUAUAUACUGAGCUACUGUAGCUGUUUUUGUCCUUUGUCUUCUCUGUGCUCUAUCUCUAGUG